AGAGUCUGCGAUCGUGAACUGACUUCAGAGUACACUCCAGUAAAGCAAUGUGUCGAAUUUAAAUUACGUUAAAUUUAUGUCCAACAGAUAUCCAGAAACCAGAUAUUAGAAUUAAAUUGGUACCUUGCCCUAGAGUGUAAAUAUAACCUUAUUAGAUCCGAAAAGGGGAACAAAUAUGUAGCGUGUGAACGCGGUAACAGUCGGUUCGAGACUCGGAACGAAUCUUUUUCCAAUCUUUUUCCUGCGGACUCACAACAACACCGGACACCCCAAGGAUGGUCGUGACACACUUUAAGAUUUAUAGCGAACAACAGCGAUUCCCCAGGUAUGUGUGAGGCAGUAGAGAAGGAUCUGUAUGCUGUUCUCGGAGCCAGCCCUUCAGAUUCAGUCCAGCAGCUCAAAUACAGAUAUCAGAAGCUUGCCUUAGAGUGCCACCCUGAUCGUCUUGGAGAUGUGUGUGACUCAGAAGCUGAGUCUGGAAGGAGGAAAUUUCUUGAAAUUGAUGCAGCCUGGAAAAUCCUGUGUGAGCACAAGACGAGAAAUCAGUAUGAUGAACAGAGGAGAGCUCAAGAACUUCAACAAGCCUGGCCAAUUGACUCUAUAGUCUCACUGGAGGACAUGACAUGGGACCAUGAUGAGUGUGUAUACACGUACUGCUGCCGCUGUGGUGGACAAUUCAUCUUUUCAGAAGAAGAGUUGCCAUGGAGGCAAGGGAAUGAUGAUGAAAAGAAAAGAAAUGAGAGCCAACAUAUGGUUGUAUGCUGUGAUACUUGUUCUCUCAGUAUUUAUGUCAAACUAUCUUUUGUGUAAGAUAGCGGGUGGAUUAGAAAUUUGAAUAUUUCACUUUUUUGCUUCCUGAUGAUUGUCAUUUUAAUUGAGAUUCUUCCAAAUACAACACUGUCGAGCAUCAUGUCAUAUCACCUUUGUUUGGCUCUGUAAAAAUGGAAGUAACUUUUUUUCUUAUUAUUAUUAUGGAAAAAAGUAUUGUUCAUAAACACUUCACAUAUUAUUUAAUAGAAUAAAUUAUGACUGCAUAAA